CUCUGUUGAGGUAUGAUCCGAACAAGGGCGAAGACAACAGAGAAGGAGAUCUUUGUUGGACAAGGAGUUGCCAAAAGGUGGCAAAUAGAUGAGUAGGAGUGUCUCUUUUACUGGGCGAAGGUGCAGAGGUGUGACCUGUGGAGGUUCAAGGUAGUCUUUGGACUUCCACAAGAAGAUGAAGAAGAUACACCUGAAAACCAACCAACUCAUUCUCGUAUGCCUAUGCCUGUCUUUUACCGGAGCUUCCGAAACGGAGCGUAGGCUCCAUCAGAAGAUAUUUAACAACUACAACUUGAAGGUGCGACCUGCGCAGUACUGGGAAGAUAGAGUGAUGGUACGGGUGGGAAUGACCCUGUCUCAGUUGGUCAGCUUGAAUGAGAAGAACGGCGAGAUGACGACAAACGUGUUCAUGAAUCUGGAAUGGAAAGACUAUCGCUUGUCGUGGAACCCGAAGGAUUACGACGACAUCAGUGUUCUGCGAAUUCCCGCCAAUAAGGUGUGGCGCCCCGAUGUGUACCUCAUCAACAAUAACGACGGCCAAUUUGACGUGGCUUUAUAUGUUAACGUCUUGGUGUACAAUGACGGAACAGUUAACUGGCUUCCGCCGGCCAUCUACCGCAGCUCUUGCUCUAUCGAGGUGGCGUACUUCCCUUUCGACUGGCAAAACUGCAGCAUGAUCUUCCGCUCGUACACCUACGACGCCUCGGAAGUGGAGCUGCAAUAUUACCUGGACGACGACGGGAAGGAGAUCCGCGAGAUAGUCAUCGACGAGAACGCUUUCACCGAAAAUGGCGAGUGGAACAUUUGUCACAAACCUUCGAGAAAGAACGUCAGGGAGGAUCUGUACGAGGACAUCACCUUCUACCUGAUCAUCGAGAGGAAGCCUCUUUUCUAUAUCAUCAACAUCAUCGUUCCCUGCAUCCUCACCAGCGUAUUGGCUAUUUUUGUCUUCUACCUCCCCCCCGGAGCAGGUCUGAAGAUAUCUUCUUGUACUUGUCCGCCAAAACAAACACGUCAACAUCUAUUGUCUUGCCUAGGUGAAAAGAUGACCCUCUCCAUUUCGGUUCUCAUUGCCUUGACCGUCUUCAUGCUGCUACUGGCGAACAAAGUCCCCGAGACUUCGCUGGCCAUCCCCAUCAUUGUUAACUACGUCAUGUUCACAAUGAUCCUGGUCACCUUCUCCGUCAUCCUGAGCGUGGUUGUCCUCAACUUGCACCACCGCACACCAAGCACACAUAUCAUGCCCAACUGGGUCCGCAGCGUCUUCAUUGACUUCCUGCCCAAGUACAUCGGCAUGACGCGGCCCGAGCCUGAGGAAGAUCUUUCAAAGGAGGACUCCUGUGACCGAACACCCACGCCGGGCUUCAAUGGACGGCAACCGGGAGGGGAGUACUUCUUUCGCAAGAUCAACCCCGACCUUGUCAUACCUUGGAGAGGCAGGUGCGAGAGUCCGGUGCAGCUCCAAAGACUUCCGGAUUCAGAUGGAUUUUGUCUGAUCCUUCCGCCUAACUUGAAGUCGGCCAUCGGCGCCGUCACGUUCAUGGCCGAGCAGCUUAAGAAGCAAGACGUGGAUGAUUCGAUGACGGAAGACUGGCAGUACAUCGCGCUGGUGGUAGACCGACUUUUCUUGUGGCUCUUUGUCAUCAUCACCAGUUUGGGCACUUUGGCGAUGUUCUUGGACGCCAGUUUCAACUACACGCCCGAUAACCCCUUCCCAUAAAAGGGUGGCUUUCAUGUUAUUGCUAUCAAGCUAAUAUGUGACUUUCCAAGGGUUGUGUAAAAGUCCCACUAGUUGGACAGAUAUAAACGGCAGGAGAAAAAAACCCAAAACCCCAUCAGAGGUUCAAACCUUGAGAAGGGACCACAUGUGGAGGGAUCCCAUUCCUGUUGUCAUUCUUCUUCUUCAGUCAUAUUUACAUUGUCAUGCAAAGUCGUGCUCUGCUACCUAGUGGUUGGUUGUGGUAGUGCGAAACUAAAACUACUGUAAAAAGGCGGCACAAAGAAAUAGAGGAACAAAGUGACAAUAAAAUAUUUAUACAUUACUGUAUUUUCUGAAGUUAACUUUUUUUUUUAGAAAACUUUGAUCAUUAUUUGUAUUAAAACAAAAU